AUGUCCUUCUCACUACCCCUCGUCAGCAUCCUCAUGUCCUGGAUCAGUUAUCAGUCCGUCAACGCCCAUCCGUUUGGGAUGUUCCCUAGUCCGGGUGGCGGUAUGUCUGGAAUGGGUGGUGGCAUGCCUGGUAUGGGUGGUGGCAUGCCUGGUAUGGGCGGCGGCUUCCCUGGAAUGGGCGGCGGCUUCCCUGGAAUGGGCGGCGGCUUCCCCGGAAUGGGCAGUGCCAGCACCCCCGGCGCGACGGCUGAAGACCAGAGCGGUUCUUCUUCGAUCAAAACCGAACUUUCCGAAUCUUGCAAAAAAGCAGCCCACACUUUGUCGGAGGGCGAAGUCGCAACUUGCGCCAACAUUCCGGCUCUCAUCGCAAUCUCUAAAGCCGAGGGAUCUAUCGUCCCUGCCAUCAACACCUGGAUUACAGGCGCUUGUUCAGCUGUGCCAUGUAGGCAAGAAGCGUUGAAUUCCGCGGCCGAAAAGUUCAAAAAGGAAUGUCAAAAAGACUUGGACGAUGGAUCAGCUCCGGCUAUUGGAAUCUAUUCCCACCUCUUGCAUUACAAGGAAGCCAGGAACACGGUUUGCACUCAGAGCAAGAGCGACUCGAAGUUUUGUAUACCCCAGCUCAUGGAGGGACUUGAAGAGAAAGCCGGCGAAAAGUUCACCAAUGCAGGAAUCAAGGCUUCCAUGGCUGGUAAAUUUACCAAAGCAGCCCUUGCUUUUAUGCGUGUUCCAAAGGAAACAUUUUGCACCCCUUGUAGUCAUGCCCUUGCGACCCAAUCGGCCAUUAUGGUAGAGGCCAUAAGCAAGGACCCAAGGAUCAAAUUCGAACACAAUUCCACUCCGCAAAUGCAGAAAGCUAGCGAAAUUUGCGGCGCCUCAUUCGAUGACCACAAGAUUCCCGACUCGGUCCAAAUUGCCGCCCCAGGAACCGGAAAAGCGGAGGAUGGCGGAGCAAAGGACAAAGCCGACGGGCCUCCCAAACCUGAGGAGACCGAAGCUGGCUCUGAGACGAAGCCCGAGGACUCUGGUGCUCCUGCUGAAAAACCCUCGGACGCAAGCGCUGAGGCUGAGAAACCAAAGGAUGGCCAAACUACACCCGAGGCCUCCAAGGGCUCCGCCGAAGGAUCCGAGAAACCGAAGGACCAAGACUCUGGUACUCAAGAAGCUUAG